GGAGUGGCUUUUGCUUUGCCGACUGGAAUAAUAUAAACAAAACCAAGAUUCUCGUUCUUUGCCGGUUCAUCUGACCGAGUUUUUUGGAUUUUUGGGCCUGAAACAGCUGCAUCAUGACAGAUCCGAAUUUGAUGGACAAGUCUCUUCGCUCCGUCUUCGUGGGCAACAUUCCCUACGAGGCGACCGAAGAGAAGCUAAAGGACAUUUUCAGCGAGGUUGGCGGCGUGCUCUCUUUCAAACUCGUGUACGACAGGGAGACGGGCAAGCCGAAGGGCUAUGGCUUCUGCGAGUAUAAGGACCAGGAGACGGCCCUGAGUGCCAUGCGCAACCUGAACGGCUAUGAGAUCGGCGGCCGCACACUCAGAGUGGACAACGCUUGUACGGAGAAGUCGCGAAUGGAGAUGCAACUGUUGUUGCAAGGGCCAGUGGUGGAGAACCCUUACGGCGACGCCGUGGAGCCGGACAAGGCGCCUGAAGCCAUCAGCAAGGCCGUUGCCUCCCUGCCGCCUGAGCAGAUGUUUGAGCUGAUGAAGCAAAUGAAACUCUGCUGUCAGAACAACCCUACCGAGGCUAGGCAGAUGCUCAUGCAGAAUCCGCAACUUGCGUAUGCGCUGCUGCAGGCGCAGGUCGUCAUGCGCAUUGUCGACCCUGUCACCGCGGCUGGCAUGCUGCACAAAGCGAACCCGGCGCCCAAAUCGCUACUGAGCGUGGACAAGCCAGUUCCGGCGCCGUACGUGCCUCCUCCGACCAGGGCGCGGCCCGACUACCAGCAGCAGCAAGACACCUGGUCCCCAGUCGCCCCAAUCAUUCCGCCACCUCAGAGGCCCCCUCCCGUCGCCGCAGCAGCAGCCGCCGCAGUCCCAGGCGCAGACCUGGAUUUGCGUCACUUGGACCCACGGUCGCGUCCGCCGCCAUCGAUGGGCGACCUGGACCUGCGGAUGCCGCCAGUGAUUCCGCCGCGCGACCCUCGCGCCGAUCGCGACCGUGGCUUCCCGUCCGCCUCGCAGGAGUUUGAGCCUGCUCUCAUUGCGAGUGCAGUGGAUGACAGCUCGUUCCCGCGAGACCCACGUCGCGACCGCGACAUGCGCGACCCCAGAGCCGCCUUCGCAGCCGACCCAAGAGCCGACCCCAGGGCUGACCCUAGGGCUGACCCCAGGGCAGACCCCAGAUCAGCCGCAGCGGCUGCAGCAGCUGCUGCUCCCGUGGGUGGCGUGCGUCCAGCGGUGCCGCCGCCGCGGCUGGCGCCACCGACCCUGACGGCUGCCGGCAUGAACACUGCCACGGACAAUGAAAAGGCACAGCUGAUCAUGCAGGUGCUGCAGUUGUCCGAAGAGCAGAUCGCCAACCUGGCGCCCGAGCAGCGCAACAGCAUCCUCGUGCUAAAGGAGCAAAUCGCCAGAACCUCCCAGCGUUGACGUCUCCGAAUCUUAUUUUCAUAUUUUCAGUGUACUAUCUUUCUUUGAAUUAAUUGCAUGCAUUAUUGACUUGAAAAGAAAAGUGUCGUCUUUUUUUCAUAUUUGGUAGGAUACCAAUAAAAUAAAUCUAGUUUGGACCAGUCA